UACAAACAAAUGAUGCGUAGACAGAAUUGGAUUUUGAGAAUGAGCACUAGUGCAUUGGUUGCGGAGAAAGUGUGGAAUGAUAUCGAAUCAACUCAUUCAGUCAGCGAUGAGCAACUCUCCAUAUUGCAUUUCUUGUUUGGCAAAAAUUUGGAGCGAGCAAUGAGAAUAGUUGAUCAAAGAGGUGUCAAAAGGAUGUUGGGUCACCCCAGUGGCCGUUCCAUCUUUCAGGUUGUAGGAGAGUCAAAGAGGAAGGAGGAAUAUUUAUGCUUUCCACAACAUUAUUGUGCUUGUUAUUCCUUCUUCUAUGACAUUGUAAACAGAGGGGAACAACUUUGUUGUAAGCAUCAAUUAGCUGCCAGACUUGCUUCUUCCUUGGGAACAUGUAUUGAUGUUAAAAUGUCUGACCACGACCUUGCUCUCAUGCUCUCCCACCUUUGAAUCUCCAGAAACCCUCCGGCUGAUCCGGCCAUGAUGGAAAUAAUCAAUCCGGAUACACAAUGAUCCCGGGUACUUCUCGGGUAACUUUUGAAGGAAGCUUUUCUUGAUGACCUCUUUCUUUGAUUUUAUUCUAAUGCCAGGGAAGCCCCAUCCUAAGAGGCCAGGAGUACAUGAGAAUAUUCCCCAAUACAAUCUUGUAGUUUUUUAUUUGUGCAGCACUCUUAAAUUUAAGGUGGCUUGUUUUGUCAUCCCUAGUAUUUUACCUUUUUAUUUGUAAUUCAAGUUUUAUAUUAAAAACAAAACCCAUUGCCAUCAAAUUACUAUUCCAUCUUAACUGGCAUUUUCCAAACUGAAAUGAUCAUUCUAGAAAAAAUAGGUUUUCUAUCGUCCAUCUGUAUUGAAAUGAUGAAUUCUUAAACAAAGGCCAGAUCAUGUGGAUGUUCAGCUGUAUGAAGGUGUUGCAGUCCUUCUUAAAUUUUUGGCUUGUAUAACUUCUCUGAUGACUAUAAUUUUAUGUUUCAUGUUUCCUUAAUUUUAAUACCACAGUUGCCAGCAUAUUAGUUUUGAUGCUAAAA